AUGGUUUACGCGAGCGCCUUUGCUGUGCUGCUGGCUUUGUUUGUCUGUGCCCAAUCGUGGGAUGAUGGAGAACAACUUUUGAUUGCUGUUUGUUUUCUUCUUACCACAGUAAUCAUCAAAACUGCGUGCGAGGGCCAGUGGCUUAACAUUGACUGCCCAGCUCCGACAGCCAUCAACAUCAGAUCAGCAAACUACGGUCGCAAGUCAGGCGACAAUGUAUGCAGUUCGUACGCUAGCGGUGCCUGCGUCACUGAGAACUCUCUCAAGGCGGUAAGGGUCAAGUGCCAGGGGGAGAGAUGGUGCAAGAUCCAAGCCAACAACGCCUUCUUUGGGGGUUAUUGCUCGGGGCCGAACAACUAUCUUAGCGUUGGAUACACAUGUGAUUAUCCCUCAAUGAAGAAUAAAAUCGUUUGUCAAGGGGAAACCCUGAAUCUCGACUGUAGAUCUGGUCAUCAUAUUGCGAUUGAUAAUGCUAUCUUUGGCCGUGUCCAUGGUAACGCCAUUUGUCCAAAAGAUCCGUUAUGGGUGAAAAAUGUGAACUGUGUUGCCCGUUCUAGCGUUGAGGUCGUGAAGAGUAAGUGCCAGGGGAAGAGAUGGUGCACAGUAGCGGCUAAGCUGGGAGUAUUUGGCGACCCAUGUCCAGGAACAUGGAAAUAUCUGUCUGUUCGAUACACCUGUAAACGAAAUGUUUCAGGCUCAUCCAGUAGGACUCGUUCAUCUGGAAGCAGUUCUUCCCGAAGUGGUUCAUCUGGAAGCAGUUCUUCCCGAAGUGGUUCAUCUGGAAGUCGUUCUUCCCGAAGUGGUUCAUAUGGAACAAGUAAACGACAAAUUUCAGGCUCCUCCAGUAGGAUUCAUUCCUCUGGAAGUAGUUCUUAAUUCCCGAAGUGGUUCAUCUGGAAAUUGCUUAUACUAAGUUUCCUUCGGCAAGGGUCCGUUUGGUUAAGCAUAUUUACUUUGGAAC